AGCAAGUCUGGCUCUGGGACAGACGUCCCAAACCUCGGCGGCAGACACGUGGGCGUGGCAGGGUUUUUAAAAAGGGAGCAAGAGAGACGCAUCCAAAAGCACGGAGCGCUUGUUACAAUAAGCAACGCGCAAUGAUCUGGACUGUACUUCUACUCCUGAAUGGCCUUCUCUUCUUCAUCCUCCUGUCAAAUCGGUCAAGGUCAAAGAGAGAGCCGCCAUUGGAUAAAGGUCUGAUCCCAUGGCUAGGACAUGCUCUGGAAUUUGGAAGAGAUGCGGCGAAAUUUUUAACUCGCAUGAAGAAGAAACAUGGGGAUAUUUUUACGGUGCGUGUGGCUGGCCACUAUGUCACCGUGCUGCUGGAUCCAAACUCGUAUGACACGGUCCUCCAGGACUCUGGCUCGCUGGACUUCUCCCGCUACGCCCAGGUGCUGAUGGAGAGGAUCUUCAAGCUGCGUCUGCCUGGCCACAAUCCUGCUGUGGAGAAGGCCAUCAUGAAACAGUACUUCCAAGGGAAGAGCCUCUCUGGCCUCAACAGCAGCAUGCGCCUCAACCUGCAGGCCCUGGUGACAGCGGAGACACUCCCCAACCAGCAGGACUGGAACAGCGGCGGCCUCUUUGACCUCUGCUACAGCCUUCUAUUCAGAGCUGGGUACCUGACUCUAUUCGGGGCCGAGUCCAACAACAAUAGCCCAGACACACGGCACAUCUACAAGGAGUACCGCAAGUUUGACGGCCUACUGACCAAAAUGGCCAGGACCACCCUCAACUCAGGAGAGAAGCGCGUGGCGGGGGACACUCGUGAGGCUCUGUGGGGGCUGCUGGCUGCGUCGGGGCGGGGGGAGAGCUCCAGCGCCUGGAUACGCCACUACAGGCAGCACCUGCAGGACGGGGGAGCGGACAAGGACACUCUCACUAGAGCCAUGCUGUUACAGCUGUGGGCCACACAGGGUAACGUGGGACCUGCUGCAUUCUGGCUGCUGGCCUUCCUGCUGACAACGCCACGGGCCAUGAAGGCACUGAGGACCGAGUUCAACAGGGUCUCCCACCGCACACCCCAGGGGCCCACGCUGGACUCCAGCCAGCCAACACCUGUGUUCGACAGCACCCUUGAAGAGACCCUGCGGCUCACUGCUGCCCCCUUCAUCACGCGGGAGGUACUGCAGAACAAGACCCUGCGCCUGGCGGACGGGUGCGAGUAUGACCUCCGACGGGGCGACCGCGUCUGCCUCUUCCCCUUCGUCAGCCCACAGAUGGACCCCGACAUCUACCAAGAGCCCGAGAAAUUCAAGUACGACAGGUUCCUGAAUGCAGAUGGGAGUCCGAAGAAGGUGUUUUAUAAGGGUGGAGAGCGGCUGAAGUACUAUACCAUGCCGUGGGGAGCGGGAGGAAACGCCUGUGUGGGGAAGCCCUUCGCUAUCGAAGCCAUCCGGCAAUUUGUCUACCUGAUGCUCACCCAUCUGGACCUGGAGGCGUGUGAGCUGGAGGAGGGCCUGCCCGAGGUCAACACGGGCUGCUAUGGCUUCGGCAUGGUACAGCCGGUCGGGGACAUGGCCAUCAGAUACCGAUACAGAUACAGCAGCGAUGUCAUCUUAUGAUACACCCACCACACUUCAUAAUAUUUAUGUUUUAUAUUUAUUGCUGUAUUAUUACUGCUACUGACUAUAUGAUUGGAGUGGUGCAGCCUGGAGGACACGACCUGGCCAUCCAAUAUAGACACAGCAGCAGUGUCAUAUAUUUAGUUUAGAUGUUUAUUUGACAGGGACAGUGCACAACAUACGAUUGAGCCAGACUAUAGCCACAAGGCUAAUUUUCAUCUUAUAUUUAUUAUUACGUUAUUACUGUUAUCAUGCACUACUAUUACUACAAUAUAAUAUUGCUACCAUAUAAUAUUAUUAUUUGCUAUAGUAUUACCAUAUUUAUUACUAUAUGAAGCACAUUGAACUGCCUCUGUUUAUAGAAUAGGCCAUGUUGAUUUGGCUUUAUGUGUAACUACAUUAACUAACCACUUGCAUUGUAAAUAUUAUGUUAUGACUAUUGAAUGUACAUCAUAUAUUUAUGUAUUGACUGAUACUCUUUUGUACUGUAAGGACUUUUGUAUGAAGAAAAAUUAAACUAUGCUGC